AUGUCAACUAUUGAAGCUGAUCUGAAGAAGAAAACCUACAUUGAAGGCAAAGAGUUACGGAAUACGGCCAUCAUUUCCGUAUCGUUUAUGGUAGUAUUUACAGCACACAUCGCAUUGCAGAAUCUGCAAUCAAGUUUACACGAAGAGGAACAAUUAGGAGUGAUUGCUCUCAGCUGUUUAUAUGGUGCCAUUAUAUUUUCAGGAAUAUUGGCACCAACAUUCAUUGGAGCUAUCGGUGCAAAAGGAUGUAUUAUAGCAUCGUGGGUUGGUCAUUUAAUUUACACCAGUGCUAACUUUUACCCCACAUGGGCUACUCUGAUACCGGCGUCUAUUUUACUGGGUUUGUUUUUCGGUCCACUUUGGACAUCCCAGAGUUUGUAUAUUUCCGCUUGUGCCUAUUCGUACUCGGGAUCAACAGAUGAAUCGCCAUAUUCUGUGUUAAGUAAAUUGAAUGGUUUAUUCUUUAUGAUGUACGAAACCACACAGAUCACUGGUAAUCUAAUUUCAUCUUUGGUUCUUCAACAUAGUACAUACAACAUGUCGGAUGCAAAUAUCACCAAAUAUUGUGGACCUCACGAUUGUCCGGGUCACAUUAAUUCUACCGAUAUCGAGGAACCGGACGAGGAACUCUUUCAUCUUCUGUUAGGAAUAUUCCUGAGUUUAGAAAUGAUUGGACUUUUUAUAACUAUCGUCUUUCUCAAUUCUUUACCUAAAAGUGACUGGACACUGUCAAAGUCUGUAAAAGAAUCAAUGGCGUCGUGCUUUGUGACUUUAGUAAAAAGUGAAAUAAUUUUCUUGGUGCCUUUUAUUAUGUUUCAAGCUAUGGAGCAAGCCAUUUUAUUGGGAGAUUUUACAAAGGCUUACAUCAGUUGUCCUCUAGGAAUACAUAUGGUUGGGUUUGUGAUGGCAUGUUACGGUGCGUCUACGGCAACGUUUGCGUUUGUAUUCAGUAGACUGGCAAAAUACACUGGGAGAUACCUAUUGUUUUUCAUGGCGUUUGCUACUAAUAUGGCGUUGUUAGUAUUUCUGUAUUUUUGGAUACCGUCUAACGAUAGUCCUGUAUUGAUAUUUACUAUACCUACUAUUUGGGGAAUUGCAGAAAGUAUAUGGCAGACACAGUCAAGUUCAUUGAUAGCUUUGUUAUUUUCUGACAAGAAGGAACCAGCAUUCGCCAACUAUCAUACAUGGAAAGCCGUUGGCUUCACGAUAACUUUUAUAUAUGGCAGUUUUCUCUGUGUUUCUGUUAAACUGAUAAUAGCCGCGUCGUUACUGGGUAUAGGCUUUGUGCUGUAUGUAUUUGUGGAGAUCAGAAUCUACAGGAAAGAAAAGGCUUCAUUAAGAGGUCCACCACAGAGAUCUUCUUCUGCGUCUUCUUAG